AUGCACUCAGGCUCGCACGAUGAACAGCCCCCUGACACUUUUAUUGACACGUCUGAUGAUAAUGUCGGCCAGAGCAGCCAUUCCACCUAUCCCCUCGCUGCUAGCUCUCAGGCUGACUUGGCCCGCUACCAGCAGUCCUUAUUCAAUGACACUCAGGCUGUUUCGUUUUCCCAUCAUGACUCGGACUUUUACUACCGCGGCGACGCUGUGAAUGCGCAAGCGAGCCAUCAGAUUUUCCUCGCAGACUCUCAAUCUUCGAACUCAUUUCCAAACCUCAAUGUCGUCAACCCAUCAGCGUCACUCCUCCAUGACCCGUUUCAUUUCGCCCUUGAUAAUUCACAGGCAGGGUAUCAUCCGAUAUACAACUCUUCUGCUACUCCUUACGCGGACUCCGGGCCACCACAUUUGCAUCCUCCUCGAUACCUUUCCGCGUUCCCUCCUCCCAUCGUGUCCGUUGACGGGAUAUCUACUUUGACACCAGAGGCAGAAGAUAUUCAGCCUCUUCAAAUUGGAGAGCCACCGCUGCACCUCGACGAGCCACUACCUCUUGGAGAUUCGUUCACCGUCAGUGAGCCUUCGCCUCCCGUUCCUGGUCCAUCUGGAUCACGCAGUCGCCAACCGCCGGUAAAAGGGUUAGAUGUUAGAAUUUGGCCCUAUCCGCAUGCCCGAUCAAAGCUGAGGGGCCUCACUAGCACUAUGGGCUCUUCGGGUGUUGCCCCGCCCAUGGUGCUCCCACGGACAUCUGCCAUCGCGCCUUUACAAUACAGCGACAAGAUCCGAGUCCACCGAAGAAUUUUCGAAGAGGCGCGUGUAACGCUCAUUCGAUCAGCACUCGUAGACUGUCCCUUCUUGACCGAGCAAGAAAGAAAGGAGGCAGCUCUUCGAGCACUAGCUUCAACAGCAGAGGUACAUGAUAAAAAGCAUGGGGAUGGAUGGGCUAAAGAAAACCUAGCUGCGUUCUAUAAGACCUUCACGGUGACACCGUCCGCUGAUAUCACAUCAACCUUCAAGAAAGCCGCCCGUGCCGUUGUUCAAUUCGGGUACAAACUGCGCCCCUCAAUCUGGUCGGAAGAGUCCGAACCACAGUAUCAGAUCGAUAUGGUAAAAGACCUUAUUGACGACCCCUCAUUCCCCUUAAAAUACAUAUUCGGGAAUUCAUCUGACCUCCAACGCGACCAAUCGUUUGCAUUCGAACAUCCCGUGAUAGAGACCGUCCUUCUCAACGCGAUUCUGAAACUCGGCUAUGUGCCUUUCGUCACAGAACUCGACAGCUUGUAUUGCACAGCUACAGUGGCCGUGGAGUGUGUUUUAAUGGAGUUAGCGGGCGGGCGGUUUGCAGUGACCAUUGAUUUUGGGGUGACUAAUUUCAAAGCUAAGCAUACAUUGCUACAGAAAUACAUCCGAGACUUCAUUCUACCCAACCCAGAAUUAUCGACGCGGUGGCAGCAGUACAAGCUGCGCACUUGUGAUAGAUUGAUAGAUAUACACAACGCUAACCAUAAUACUCGCUGA